AUGGCUGAAGGUACGGUGGGCGAGCAGGAGCAGCAGCUGCGCGCGCUGCUGGCCAGCAAGAGCCCCCGGAACGCGACGGUGCAGCAGCUGCGGGCGGUGAUCCGCGACUCGUAUGAGGCGCUGCUCUUUCUCGACUUCCGCUUCGCCGUCGAUCACGACGUGCUCUACCUGCUAUGGCGCCUGCACUACAACCGCAUCGAGGAGUUUCGCGCGCAGAUCCGCCGCAUCCGUUCUGCGCCGGCCACUUCCAAGGCGGGUUCCGCGCAAGAUCGCCAGCCCGCGUCCGUCUCGAUCCUCUCCCGCGGGUCCCCCGCCACACGUCGUGCGCAAGCGCGUCCGCAAAACGCGUCCGACGGGGCGGGCGAGCGCGCGGAAGCGUCGACAGCGGCGAGCGCGGUGGCGGUGUACCGCGGGUUUCUGUCGGAGGCGGCGGGGUUCUUCCACGAGCUCGUCGGCAAGCUCAAGGCGCGCCGCGCCCUGCUGUGCGACCGCGGCGUCGCAGACUCACAGUCGCAGCAGGGCAGGGCGGGCGACGGCGACAAGUGGCGCGCGGCGUGCCAGCAGUGCCUCGUGUAUCUGGGCGACCUCGCGCGCUACCGGGAACUCGUCGUCGAUUGUGACAUGGUGACCCGUGAUUGGUCGGUGGCUGCUGGCUACUACAUGCAAGCGGCGCUCAUGCUGCCGUCCACUGGCAACCCGCACAACCAGCUGGCAGUGCUGGCGACGUACGGGGGCAGCGAGGUGGCGGCGCUGUACCGCUACUACCGCUGCAUCGCUUGCAAGCAGCCCUUCGCCACCGGCCGCACCAACCUGCUCGUCCUCUUCGACCAGAACGCCAAUCGCUGCAAUCGCCUGGGUGCGAUGGGGCCUCAAGCAGCACAAGGGGCGGCGCAGGAGGCAACGGGGCAGGCACAAGGAGCGCCCGCUGAGGCACUGGUGGUGACGUGGAAGAAUCUGUGCACGAGAUUCGUGCGCCUUAACGGCAUCCUCUUCACACACGCCAGGUCCUCUCCCGCUCCUCACACUCUCUUCUUAAACUCCAUUUUCUUGCCUCGCGCCUUUCGCUGCCACCAAUGCCUAACCGUCUACGUGCUGUGGGUCGUGUGCAGCCUGGAGUCCUUCGGCGCCGUGUAUCUGGCGGCCAUGAACGACUUGGAGCGCCUGCUCGCCGCACCGCCACACGCCCUGCAACCCGUGCUGGCGGUGGGAUCCUCCGCGUGCCCCACUGUCCCCGCCGCGGGCGCGGAGGCCACAGUGGUGGUGCAGAUGGUGGCGUGCCUCGUGUGCACCGUGCACGCCAUGCUCGCCCCGCACCACGCCUUCCCCUUCGCCCCCCGCCCCGCCAGUGACGCCGAUGACACGCCCAGCACGGGCGCGCCCCCCAGCGCGCAGCUGCAGCAGCAGGCGGACCGCCUGCGCCACGCCGUCACGCUCGCCUUUGAGUUUGUCGGCCGCCUGCUCUCGCGCUGCGCCGCCUCCCCCGCGCCCCUCGCCUCGCCGCUCUUCCCCGCCGCCACCGUCUUCCUGCGGUGGCUCGCAGCCCACCCCCACCUCGCCGCGCGCACCAACGAUGAGGCGUCGUGGCCGGGGGGACACGCGGGCGAGGGCGCAGGCGGGGGGGGCGAGGACAGGGAGAGCGCGGCGCGCAUGUUCAUGUGGGGGCAGGCCGUGGUGGUGCUCAACCGCCUGCUGCAGGAGCACAGCCGCCUGCUGCCACCGCUGCUGGCGGCGCACCAGGGGGGCGUGCAGGGCCUGGCGGGCGGGCAGGGGGAGAGCAGCGGCGGGGCAGUGGGGCUGUGGGAGGACGUGGAGCUGCGGGGCUUUGAGCCGCUGCCGCAUGUGUGUAGUGAGGGGCCAAGUGACGCGCAGAGGGACGCGCAGCUGGACGUGGACGGCUGGCAGGGCGGCACGGGGGGCGCGGAGGGGCAGGAGGCCGCGUGGGCGCGGGGCAGGAGGGCUGUGUGCGCUGCUUUGACUUUGUCGGGAUGGGUGCAAGGCGGUGCAGGUGGGGCAGCAUGGGCGCCAGGGGACGGCAGCAGCGGCAGCGUGUUGCACUUCAGCAGGCGGCAUGGGAGGUUCUUCAUUGCUUCACUCGUGGCGGAUCAGCUGCCCUCGCCGCCUGCUGCCAGUGCACCACAUCCCACGCACGUGGUGCAUGGCACCAGCGCGGGCAGUGCACACACGGCGGCACCAGGGUCACUCGCCACUGCCUCCGCCGCCCCUGCUCGCCCUGCACCCGCGUCCAACCACCACGUGCCUGCUGCGCCCCUGCCGUGGGGUGCUGCAAGCAUGGGAAGCGCGGGGCAGGGGCUUGCGGGGGAGAUGGCAGGGGUGGAGGCAGGGGACGACGGGCAGGGCGAGGAGGAAGGGGAGGGGGAUGGGGAGGACGUGCCGCUGUGGGCGGUGGAGGAGCUGAUAGGCAUGGACAGCUCGGCGGAGCAGAGCGAGCAGCACAUGCGCGAGCUCAGCGCACACACUCACGCCGCUCACUCCGAGCGCCGCAAUGGGGUGCUGGUGGGUGCUGCUGGUAACGGUGGUUUGGAGGAGCAGGAGGAGGAGGAGGAGGAGAUGAUUGUGUUCCAGCCCUGGGCCUCCGGUGCUGCUGCUGCUGCUGUGCCGGCUGUGCUGCACGCCGCUGCUCCCAGGGCAACUGAUUCGGCCGAUAAACUAGCGGCAGGGGUGCAGGCAGCAGGGGGUGGGGGCAGGGCAGGUGCGGAGGGGGGUGCAUGGCAGGUGUCACACGGACUGCUGGCAGCAGGAGGUGAGGGGUUAGGUGGCGACUUCCUGGCAGGGCUCAGUGGCGCCGCCGCACCGCACUUGUCCUCCCUGCCACCAUCCUCCUCUCCCUCCCCGCGCUCCUCCUCUCCUGCCAUGCACACUGCACCCUCGCCCAACCUGCAACCCCUGCCUGCUUCGCCUGCCACCACUGUUGCCGCGGACGGCAGUCUGCGUCGCGUGCCAUCGGGAGCAGGAGUGAUCGGGCAGGACCGCCACCGCCUGGCGCACACCCACGCCCACGCCCAUGCGCCCACGCAUGGGUACAUGGAGACAGCAGCAGGCCAGCCCAGCCACCCGGCUGCUGACCUGCCUGGGCUGUGGGGUGCUGCACCUCUCCAUGCUGCUGCCACCGCCCCACCUGCCCCUACAGCUUCCGCUGCUGCUGCGCCUGCUGGUGGCUCUGCUGCGCUGACGGCGCUGCUGGGCGCGGGGUUGAGUGAGCACGAGCUGAGUGCGCUGCUGGCCAAGGCACACCAACUCGCUCUGCACCCUCAUGCGCCGCCAUCGGCAGUGCGAGGCGGCGAGUAUCAGAGUGGUUAUUCUCAAGUGAGUGGGGCGGGAGCAGUGUGGCCCACGUCCCUCACCCACACCCCUCCACCCGCAGCUGCGGCACCCAACUCUUUCUUCGCCGGCCCCUCUGCUGCACCCCUUGCUGCCGGACAACAGCCGUUCCCUCACCUGCAUGCGCAGCAGCACCCGGGCUAUGAGGUUCAGCAGUAUGGGGGCGGGGUGCAGAGGGGCAUGGGUGCAGUGGAUCAGGUCAUGGCCUCCUCCGCCUUCUCUGCGCCCUCAGCACCACCACCAGCCGGCAGCAGUGCACACACAGGCGCUGCUCCCCCGCCCAUGCCAGCCAUGCACGCUGCUGCUGCCACUCCAUCUAUGUCGCAGGCAGCAGCAGCGCAGGCGUCUCUGCAGCCCCCGCAGGCAGCAGCAGCGGCGCCCAACUCGUGGCACUGGAUGCAGCGCGCACACCACCCCUGGGGGCCCUGA